AUGAAAGGAGUAACACCGCUCAGGGAGAAAGGAAUAACACCGCUCAGGGAGAAAGGAAUAACACCGCUAAGGAUGAAAGGAGUAACACCGCUAAGGAUGAAAGGAGUAACACCGCUCAGGGAGAAAGGAAUAACACCGCUUAGGGAGAAAGGAAUUACACCGCUAAGGAUGAAAGGAAUAACACCGCUCAGGGAGAAAGGAGUAACACCGCUCAGGGAGAAAGGAAUAACACCGCUCAGGGAGAAAGGAGUAACACCGCUAAGGAUGAAAGGAAUAACACCGCUUAGGGAGAAAGGAAUAACACCGCUUAGGGUGAAAGGAGUAACACCGCUCAGGGAGAAAGGAGUAACACCGCUCAGGGAGAAAGGAAUAACACCGCUCAGGGAGAAAGGAGUAACACCGCUUAGGGAGAAAGGAGUAACACCGCUCAGGGAGAAAGGAGUAACACCGCUCAGGGAGAAAGGAAUAACACCGCUUAGGGAGAAAGGAAUAACACCGCUCAGGGAGAAAGGAAUAACACCGCUUAGGGAGAAAGGAGGUGAAAGGAAUAACACCGCUAAGGAUGAAAGGAGUAACACCGCUCAGGGAGAAAGGAGUAACACCGCUAAGGAUGAAAGGAAUAACACCGCUAAGGGUGAAAGGAAUAACACCGCUAAGGGUGAAAGGAGUAACACCGCUCAGGGAGAAAGGAAUAACACCGCUUAG